AUGGCGACGAUGGACGCUCUCAUGGUAGAAGCAGUCGGACAGCCCAUCGUCAAAGGAAAACGACCAAUCCCCACCCCGAGCGAGGGCGAGAUCCUCGUCAAAGUGACCGUCGUCGGAUUAAAUCCCUAUGACUUCCGCGUCCGCGACUGGGGCCUCUACGUCGAAGGGCGCCUCCCCGUCGUCCUCGGCAACGACAUCGCCGGCACGGUAGAGAAACUGGACCAACUACCUGAAAAACCCCUCGGACCAAUGCGGCCUGCAAGAAUACUGCCUGCUCGACGCCUCCAGCUGCGCCAAAAGAUCCCCGAGAACCUGACCGACGACGACGGCGCCUCGCUCGUCUGCAACAUGGUGGCGCCAUUCUGGGCCAUCUUCGGCGCCCACGGACUCGGCCUGCCCUUCCCCUUCCCCUCCGAAGAAGACGCGGCCCAAGCUGCAUUCGACUACAGCAGCCAGACGAUCCUGAUCCUCGGCGCCGGCAGCAACUGCGGCAAGUACGGCGUGCAGGCCAGCGCGCUCGCCGGCUUCGGCACCAUCAUCGCCGUGGCCGACGCGCGCCGCAACGGAUCCGACCUCCGCUCCUACGGCGCCACCCACAUCAUCGACCGCCACGCCGCCGACGACGACGUCGCGGCCCAGAUCCGCAGCCUCGUCGGCGACGAGCUCGUCUACGCCUUCGACGCCGUCAACGUCGACCACACCCUCGGCGUCCGCUGUCUCUCUAACACCAAACGCGGCACCUUGGCGUGCAUCGUGCCGGGCAAGGUGGACGAGGCAAGCCUCGCUGGAGCCAAGAAGGCCGGCUUCGACGAUAAGUUCAUCCAGGGCCAGAGCAGCAAUCAGCCGCAGCUGGGACGCAAGUUCUGGGACUGGCUUCCCGUCUGGAUGCGCGAGGGCAGGGUCCGGAGUACCGGCUGGACCGUCCUGGAGGGGUUGGAUCCCGUCAAGGUCAAUGCCGUGCUGGAUGCUUAUCGCGAUAACAGGUGGCCGGAGAAACAGGUGCAUGUGCAUCUGUGA